AUUUUCGAAUUAAUUCAUCACGUGACCAAAAUUUGGGGGAAUUCCAAAUUUACAGAAUUUUCAAUUUUAAAAAAUAAAAUGCUAUUUUAUCAUUUUAAUGCGAAAUGUUAAGCUUAUCGACCACUGGAAUCAUUGGAAUACCAUUGUUUGUUAUUCUAUAUUUGAUUUACAGAAGAAUGCCUAAGGCAGGGAGUCCACUUUUUAGAUUAGGGUAUAUGCUUUAUACAAGAACAAAAGUUGGCUAUUUUUACCAUAGAAGAGAAUUGGCAAAAGCAAGACAGAAAUAUGAUGAUGGACAUUCUGUUGCUCAGAUGGCAGAAUUUGAUGGUUUGCGAAUUAUUCCUAUUCCAAUUAUAAUGGACAACUACUGUUACUUGAUAGUAGAUGACAGAACACAAACUGGAAUCCUUGUUGAUCCAGCUGAUCCAGAUCUUAUCUUGCCUGUCCUGAAGAAAGAGUCAGUGAACAUUGUUGCAGUACUUUGUACACAUAAACACUGGGAUCAUAGUGGAGGGAAUAGCACAUUUAAACGUCUAUACAGCAAUAUAAAGAUCUAUGGUGGGGCAGUUGAUAGAGCACAGGCUGUAACACAUCCUGUUGCAGACGGUGAUGUCUUGGAUUUUAGUGGUUUGAAAUUUACUGUGAAUUUCACCCCAGGACACACUGUAGGCCAUGUGGUGUAUACUUUAAAUGGUGCCCCAUUCAAUGCGCCUGACAGUCUCUUCUCAGGGGACCAUCUGUUCUUAGCUGGCUGUGGGCGUAUGUUUGAGGGUUCUUCAACUACAAUGUUACGUUCCCUUGAUGUCUUGUGUGCUAUGAAAGAUGACACUCUAGUAUGGCCAGGCCAUGAAUAUGCAAAAGACAACCUUGAGUUUUGCCUCACCAUAGAGCCCAACAAUGAUGCUACAAUGGCAAAGAAGGCCUGGGUGACUGAGCAGAGAAAGAAUAGGAUAAGUACGUGUCCUUCUACCAUUGGUGAAGAAAGACGUUACAAUGUGUUUCUACGAACUGGAGAAUCUUCAAUCUGGGAAACUCUGGGCCUUGACAAUGACACAGAAUCUGAAAGGGACACUAUUCGAGUGAAAGCUCUCUCAUUGCUACGGCAACGGAAAGACAAGUUUAAAUAUAAAUUAUAGAUUUUAUAUGGAGUCCAUAUUUUGAUGAGCAAUUCCUUAUUUUAUUAAUUUUAUACAAAAAAUGUAAAUAUUUGUUCCAGACUUAGCAGGUGUAAAACUGAAGCAAAAUGUUGAUUUAAAGAAUAGUUAUUUAAAGUAAGAGAAACAAAUUUUUGUUAACUUAAUUGUGUUUUACAGUUUUGUUCAUGACAUGUUCUCUGUGAUCUGAAACUUAAGUAUUUUUCAAUUGGUCAAUUAGUAUUUGAGAUCAUGAAUCAAAAAGGUUGCGUCCUGAAGUUACUUCGGGUGAAGUGAUAUUGAUAUGGCCCCACCUAGAUUAGAUUAGUAAUUUGACUAUCAUAUAUCUUUGAAACAAAUACCUACAAAGUAAUUCAUACUUCUUAAUCAGAACUUUUUAUCAAUUUAUUAACUUUAUAAAUGUUAUUAUUAUCACGCUGUUUUGACUAACUUACUUGGCCAGUAUUUUAUACAAAUAUAUUAAUCACAUGCAAAUAAAGGAAAAUUCCCAAUUUACUGAACAUAUGCAGGCCCUUAGCCAGGGGGGGUUCGGGGGGUUCGGGCAACCCCCCCCCCC